GGCACAAUCAAUUAAGCAUCCACUUUCUCCAACUCCAUUAAUUUUCUAUAAGAACCAAACGUUACUUGCGUCUUGCCUCGACGAAUCAUCUCUUUAGCUACUGGUAGAACUUUACAGGAGAAGAAAAAGCAACGCAAGCACUGGCGGGCGACCUGCUGAACAUAUAAUCUAUAGAAAUUCAAUGGCCAGUCAGAAGAUGGUACUAUUCGGUUACUUGAUGGUUGCAGCAGCACUGCUUAUUGGAGCAACUGCAGAUACACAUACAGUUGGAAACAGUCUCGGUUGGACUGUCCCUCCUGCUGGUUCUGUUGCAUACAAAACCUGGGCUGGCACCAGAGACUUUGCCGCUGGCGAUACCGUAGUUUUCCAGUGGAGUAACACUCACACCGUAGCCCAAGUGAACCAGAGUGGCUAUGACGCCUGCAGCGCAACAAAUGCAAUUGGUGAGAUUCACACAAGCAGCCCUUAUAACUUCACCAUUGCUUCAACGGAUCCUUACUACUUCAUCUGCUCCAUUGACAACCACUGCAAGUUGGGAAUGAAGGUCAAAAUCCAGGCUGGGGCUGCAUCCUCUCUAAACGCUAGCGCCUUUUUCACUAUUCUCGUGGCCCUGGCCACCUACUUCUCAAGUCUCGUGUGAAAUAAAAUCUGCGUGUGCUCAAAGAAGAUCUUGGGCUAGCCUGCUACCUUUGCCCUGCUGUUCUUUUUGUUGGCUUAAUUUGUUGCAUUAAGAGUUUCAUGAGAGACUUGAAUUGAUUAUAUUUUAUUAGCCCAAUGGAGUAAUUGCUUAAGCACGAUUUUUUGCAGUCAGUGUAAAAGAUAGCACGGCAAUAAAUAUGAAUUGGUUUUUAGCGUAAAUACACUUCGACAA